GACUAGUGGCGUGCCAUGAACAUUAUCUUGACCGUGGUACUUUUCACUGCAGUGGCAGUGUCCGUAAGCGCCGAGGAAACCCUCUCAUGUACUGAUAACCUCUCCUGUCCACGGACGGACCCCGAUACCGAGACUCUCCAGUGCAUUUUCACUUCUCAACUCUGCGACGACACUGAGCUCUGCUCCGGCGGUCAAGACGAAGGAGAAAACAUUGCUUCGCUCGACUGUACAAAUGACGUGUUCACGUGUAAGACUGGAGAGACGGUGGGUCUAAGUGAUCUAUGUGACGGCGAGGCAGACUGCUCCAACGGCAGAGACGAAACUUCUCCUCUGUGUGAAAACAAAUGCAGGGCUCCAUACAAAGGAGGUUGUGCAGAGUUGAAUCGUGAGUGCUCCUACACUGAACUGGAUGCUAGUUGUGACGAAUGCAUUGCUGGCUACACUGAGGUGGUCGGCUACUGUGUUCAAGGACUAACACUUGGGACGGAGAAGUCUCUCUACUCAGUAAAGGAGGAUGAAGGUUCACUGGAGGUCUGUAUAGACGUGUUGCUGGGCAGUAUAUCCUCUGGAGACACCUACACUGUUAGCUACACCACCGUCAAUGGUGCUGCUCAAGCUCCUGAUGACUACCUGGAACAGUCUGGAUCAGUGGACCUCACCUCCUCGGCUACAAAGCAGUGCAUAUCAAUUCCCAUUGAGGACGACGCGAUUGACGAGUCGGAUCAGGAGUGCUUUGUACUCAGUAUGUCUGAGUCCUCUGGCAAUGCUAAUGUUACUGUUAGUCCUCCGACUGUUACAGUCUGCAUAAACGACACCGAUGAGUCAGCCCUGGUGGUAGGGCUGGAGGAGACAGCCUAUACAGUGGAUGAGGUGGACAGCUAUCAGCUGGUGUGUGUUGGAGUCCUAUCGGGAGAUGUGGAUGGACGAGAAAUAUCACUCUCCUACUCUACCACCAGUGGAACUGCUUCAUCAGGCAAUGACUAUACGUCUGCCAGUGGCGAAGUCACCAUUGAUGACGACACAACUCGUCAGUGUAUCUCCAUCAUGAUUCGAACUGACUCUGUAACGGAGAGCAAAGAGUGUUUCACAUUCAGCAUAUCACUAGAGAACACUGUCACCAACCUCACGGUUGACCCCGACGAGACCAGCGUCUGUAUCAUUGACAAAAACUCUAUACCAAUAACCAUUGGUCUCACUCAAGCCCUCUACACUGUGGGGGAGAGCUCUGGCUCACUCACAGUGUGCUACGAAAUCCUAUCUGGAAGAACUGCUACUAGAAGUAUCGGUAUGACCCUCAAAACCGUACAAGGGGAUGCUGUAGAGGAUGAGGACUACACUUACAGCUCUUCUUCUGAUACACUAGACGACAACGACUCAUCAGAUUGUGACAGUAUCCCUAUCCUGACGGACACCCUGGAUGAAGAGGAAGAGUGCUUCACUGUCAGUCUCUCUACUACCACUACAUAUCUAUCUGGACUCACCAUUAGCCCUCAUAUUGGGACAGUCUGCAUCACAGAUGAUGACCCUACAUCAGUGACCAUAGGUCUCCAGGAGACAUCCUACUCAGUGUAUGAGACUGAUGAGUAUCAGGUGGUGUGUGCAGAGGUUCUGUCUGGAGACAUUGCUGGGCGGAGCAUCGACAUCAACUACAUCACUGAGAGUGACACUGCUGAUGCAACAAGCGACUUCGUAGCACUCAACGACAGCCUCACUCUGAGUGACGAUGCCCUCAUCCAGUGUGUGCCAAUUGACAUAGUCUCUGACAGUGUGGCUGAAUCAGACCAGGAGUGCUUCUCAUUCUCUCUCUCCACCCCCGGGACAAUUGGGGGACUUACUUUGAGCCCCUCUGAGGCUAAAAUCUGCAUUUCAGACGAAGAAGUGGAGGUGAUACCUGAUCUGGUGGUUCACUGGGAGGAGAGGUAUUACUCUGUUGGAGAGGGAGAUGGGAGUGUGGAGGUGUGUGCAGAGCUCUCCACUCUUCAGUUCACUGGGACUGUGGAGGUGGACUAUGCCACUGUGGCAGAUAGUGCUGAAGUGACCAAUGAUUUCACUGAAGCAAGUGGCACAUUAUCAUUCUCCAACACUGACUCCACCGAGUGUGUAACAAUAGACCUAGUGGAUGAUAGCACUAGUGAGCCAAGUGACGAGUGCUUUACACUGCAGCUGUCGGACGGAACAGAGACCAUUGAUAAUCCCAGCAUUGCCACUGUCUGCAUCACUGAUGACGAUGCAUAUUCAGUGACUGUGGGGUUUGAGCAGACGGCCUACACGGUGACUGAAAUUGAUGGCUAUCAGUUGGCCUGCUUCAAGGUUCUGUCUGGAGACAUAGCUGGCAGAGAACUUGCAUUUGACUACUCCACAUCCAGUGGCACUGCCACCACAAGUGAUUACACUUCUACGACUGGAAAGGCAACCAUAACAGAAGAUGCCCUCCGUCAGUGUGUAUCCAUUCCCAUCAAAACCGACUCCGUUACAGAGACAACUAAUCAGUGCUUUACCUUCAAGAUAACAUCAUCUUCCACUGUGGAUGGUUUGACUGUUAGCCCAAGUCAGACUGAAAUCUGCAUCGUUGAUAAAAACUCUAUACCAAUCACCAUUGGUCUUACAAAGAGCCUCUACUAUGUGAAUGAAAGUGAUAGCUCUUUAACUGUUUGCUAUGAAGUGUUGUCUGGACGAACUGCUACCAGAUCCAUCAGCAUGAUACUUCAGACUGUUCAGGGGGAAGCAAUAGAGGAUGUGGACUACACAGACAUCUAUCGCACAGACUCAUUGGAUGAUUCUGACAGGGAUGAGUGUGUUUCAGUGUCAAUUCUCUCAGACAGUGAGGAUGAAGAGGAAGAGUGUUUCACAGUCAGCCUCAGCUCCUCGACAUAUCUUGUUGGACUCACUCUCAACCCCAGAAUUGGAACUGUCUGCAUCAUUGACGACGACGCUACAUCAGUGACCAUAGGUCUCCAGGAGACGUCCUACUCAGUGUAUGAGACUGAUGAGUAUCAGGUGGUGUGUGCAGAGGUUCUGUCUGGAGACAUUGCUGGGCGGAGCAUCGACAUCAACUACAUCACUGAGAGUGACACCGCUGAAGAUCCAAAUGACUACACUGCUCUAAAUGACAGCUUCCAGAUCAGCAGCAAUGCUCUGCUGCAGUGUGUACCAAUAUCCAUCACAUCUGACAGUGUUGAGGAGACU